AUGGUAGAUAAAUUUGUAGACAAUAUAGUGUCCCCGCUUUUCGCUCUUAUUGGGAUGUCUCUUCUCUUCGGUAUAGUUGUUUUGUAUCUUUUUCAAGAUAAAAAACCAUUAAUAGAAAAGCAUGCUCAUUAUAAUAUUCCUACAGAUGUAAAACCCGAUAUAACCCGAAUUCUGGGAGAAAAAAUAAUAAACCUACUAACAGGUUCCAAUGAUCCGACAAGUGCAGCUGUAAAGGCUUUUAUUGAAGUAGACAGUGAGGCAGUCUGUAGCGAUUUGAGGAAUAAUAAAAUAGGCGAAAUAUACAAAGCAAUCAAGUCUGCCAUCCCUGGUAUAGUCGAGACAUGCGAUUUUUGCAGUAUAAGGAACUACCCAAUAGCAAAAUACAAAAAAACAGAAUAUAAUGGCCAGCUGAAUGAAAUUGAGGGUCUGAACUUAAAAAAAGAUUCCUGUUUGAAUAAGAUUAUAGAUAAAAGGAAAAUAUUAAUUGAAGGUAAGAUAGAUCUGGAUCAUGCAGAUACGCGUAAAUAUGGCUCAAAGGAGCUCUACAUUAUUUAUCUAUCGGCGCUGAUAGAAUUCAAGUGGUUAUGCUGGAAAGAAAUGAAAAUGAAUUUAAAAUAUUUAAGCCUCACAGAUGCCAAGGCAAUUUUAGUGGACAAAGUAAUGAAGAAAGAACUAGAAUAUGAGCGGAACCUAGAAGCAUACUAUGUUCUGGUCACAGGAGAUCAAACUAAUGAAAGUAUAAAAGAAGAAAACAUUCAUUAUACGGAGACAUAUAUAGAAAAAAAUGCGGAAAAUAUGAAUAAUAUAGCUAAAAAUUUAAAUUUGCUAAAGAAUAUCUAUAAUCAGGAGACUGAUUCAAUUUCUAAGCUAUUAGCAAAAGCAAAUGAUUAUCUCUGUCUCUGCAUAUCUGAAGACGAAAAAACAGAUCUCAGACGGCCUAUACGGGAUCUAUCUACGCUAUUUAGCGAUGUUAAGUGCACUAUGCCAAAAACUUUUAAGUCUGACUAG